CUCGCGGACGAGACUUCAGUCUUACGCGAGGAAGUUUCGGUAUUCCGUUGAUUUCGAAAAAGUGCAAGCUUCGCAAGGUGUGCGUCGAAAUGUUCAGUUGCAUCAUUUAUUCGGCUGUUCUUCUAGGGACGAUAUCGGCUGCAGGACCUUCGAUAAAGAGUGCUUCUUCUUCUUCGUCGCAUGUUCAAGAUUGUCCAAAUUGCAUAGAUGAUUCAAUUGCAGCACCCAAUAGAUGGACCAUGCCACUUUUGAAACUAGGAGAGAAACGAUACUAUCUGGGAAUAUUUUUCAAGGCUAACUACUAUCGAGCAACGCAGUAUUGUAGAUUCCACGGCAUGCAUUUGGCCAGCAUCACAUCCCAGGAGGAAAACGACAAAUUGGAAAAGUAUAUUAAAGAUUUCGGUUAUGGAAACGAACAUUUCUGGACGUCUGGAACCGAUAUAGCGGAAGAGGGCAACUUUUUCUGGAUGUCCACCGGUCGACCGAUCACCUACACGAACUGGAAUGCUGGCGAACCCAACAACUUCGAAUACGAAAACGGAGAACAGGAAAAUUGUUUAGAACUUUGGAACAGAGACGGAAAGGGAUUGAAGUGGAACGAUUCGCCUUGUUCAUUCGAAACGUAUUUUGUUUGUGAAGUGCAACCUUGAGCAAACUGAGUGUGUGUAAAUAGUGUGUUUCAAUUGUUUCAUUCAAUGACUGAAAGUGAAAAUGCGUUACUGAUCUUAUGUAGAAGGAAUGCGUGAUAUCAUUUGUUCAGCUUGUGUGUGGUAUACCUUUAACGAUUCUAGUCUAGAACUUACCACCGAAUUUUGUUGUAAAUAAUAUUGAGGUUUCAACCAGGUUAUUUAUAAGACAAUUUUCAAUAGGAAUGCAUCAAAGAAGUUUUUUUUCCAAAUAGUGGAUACUUUGCUAAAUAUUUACUUUCGAAGUUUAGAGCCAGGACUGAAAUUUAGAUAACUAUAAAGGUACCUUAAUUAUUCACUAUGUUAACGAUCAUUGCAUUUUGUGAGAACUCGAUGUACUUCAAACAGGUACACUAGAAAAGUGUUAUCGUCUAACAGAAAUAUUUUUAAAAUACAUUGAAUUGAUUUACUU